UAGACGUUCAAAAGGCAAAGGCACCACUUUCAUUCAAUUGAAGUCUAUUCUCAAAUUGCCGCUCCCACCACUGGCCAGCCCCCCCAUAGCUCCUCCGCCACUUCCAUCUCUCCAAUUCACACUCCCAAAUUCCAUUACUAUUUGAGUUAUUAGUUUUCUUCUGGGAAAAAAAGAAAAAAAAAUGGCCUUAUCCUCCCCAGUUCUCACCCCUUUUCAUCUCCAACUUCCAUCACAUAGAUCAUCAAAGCCCUUCACUGGAAAGCUCAUUGUCCACCCGAUCAGAGCUUCCGUAUCAGAAAGACCGUCAUCAAUUUCCCCACCGCCUCGGCAACCCCAGCCCGCAAAGCUGCCAAUCAGAAAAAUCCCAGGUGACUAUGGGCUUCCCUUGAUUGGACCCGUCAAGGACAGACUCGACUACUUCUACAACCAAGGCAAGGACGAAUACUUCAAGUCCCGGGUCCAGAAGUACCGGUCCACGGUUUUCAAAACCAACAUGCCGCCCGGUCCUUUCAUUUCUCCCAACCCGAACGUCAUCGUUUUGCUCGACGGCAAGAGCUUCCCCGUCCUCUUCGACGUCUCCAAAGUCGAGAAGAAGGACCUCUUCACCGGCACUUUCAUGCCCUCCACUGAACUCACCGGCGGCUACCGCGUCCUCUCCUACCUUGAUCCAUCCGAGCCCAACCACGCCAAGCUUAAGAAGCUCAUGUUCUUCCACCUCUCCUCCCGCCGGGACCACGUCAUCCCCGAGUUCCAGAAGAGCUACACCGAGCUAUUCGACGGCCUCGAGGAGGAACUCGCCACCAAUGGCAAAGCCAAAUUCAAUGAAGCCAACGAUCAAGCAGCUUUCAACUUCCUUGCUCGAUCCCUCUACGGCGCAAACCCCGCCGACUCGCAACUCGGCCGUGACGGCCCUAAAUUCGUCGGAAAAUGGGUGGUUUUCCAGAUUCAUCCCGUCCUAAAGCUCGGCCUACCCAACGUCCUCGAAGACCUGUUGAUCCACACCUUCCCUUUACCCCCAGCUCUGGUGAAAAAGGAGUACCAAUUGCUCUACGAUUUCUUCCGCGCCAACUCCACCUCCGUCCUCGACGAGGCCGAGAGAAACGGAAUCUCCCGCGAGGAAGCUUGCCACAACCUCAUAUUCGCCACCUGCUUCAAUUCCUUCGGCGGAAUGAAACUUUUCUUCACCAACAUGCUCAAAUGGAUCGGACGGGCUGGAGUCAAACUCCACACCCAAUUAGCCCAAGAAAUUCGGUCAGCUCUAAAAUCAUCGGACGGCAGAGUUACAAUGAGAGCCAUCGAAAACAUGCCUUUGACAAAAUCAGUCGUCUACGAAGCCCUGAGGAUUGAACCUCCCGUGCCGGCCCAAUACGGGAGGGCCAAGACCAAUUUUACUAUCGAGUCCCAUGAUUCGGCGUUCGAGGUCAAAGCAGGAGAAAUGUUGUUUGGAUACCAACCGUUCGCCACAAGGGAUCCGAAGAUUUUCGAGAGGUCCGAGGAAUUUGUGGCGGACAGGUUCGUGGGUGAAAAGGGUGAGAAGUUAUUGAAGCAUGUUUUGUGGUCUAACGGACCUGAAACGGAAAGUCCUGACGUUAAUAAUAAACAGUGCGCUGGGAAGGAUUUUGUGGUGCUGGUGUCGAGGUUGCUGCUAGUGGAGUUCUUCCGCCGUUACGAUUCGUUUGAGAUCGAGGUCGGUACGUCGCCGUUAGGUGCUGCUGUGACUGUUACGUCUUUGAAAAAAGCCUAGCCUUUGGAAAAAAAAAAAGGGGGAGGAGGGUGAGGAUGAUGAUUUUGACUAAAAACGGAGGGUGAAAUGGGAAAAGUGGGAUUGCCCUGGGUCAACGGUCAACCUCGGCCUCUCCGGUCUAGUGAUACAUACAUGCUGACAUGUCACCCUGCCUUUAGCAACCAUUAUAUGUAUAUGUCUUUUAUUAUUAUUUUUUUUUUACAUAUUUAGGUAUAGUGCUUGUGGGCCCUUUUUUGCAAAACGAGAAAAAGUUUAAUGGGGCCAAGUACGAUAACAUAUGUGGAUGUGCAUCAAGAAUUUUUUAUUAUUGGUAUAGAUGUGUAUGUAAAUCCAAAAUAAUUUCUAGAGUAUAGUAGUAGUAUUAGUUGACUUUCAAUAGAGAGAUGUUUUUCUUGUUCUGUUUUC